AUGGCGGAAUCAAACUCUCCUCGAGAAUGGUUAUCUCAGUCGGAGGAGGAGCCGGUGGAACCACCACCCACAACGAAUCCUGUGCUACCGAGGCCAGGCCACGUUUGGCCGAAUCAGGAUCUGGGCCCGUGCACUCCGGGUGAGGGAGGCAUGACCGGAAGCGUGGAAGCAAUCUACGCCAUGCUUCACGAAGUCCGCCGCGAGGUGCUACUGGAGCUCAAAGGGCAGCACGAGGUUGUCAACGAGAUUCUGUCCAGGCUCACACCGAAGACGGCCUUUUCGGGCUCCGGCGCGGCGUCGGCGCCGGCGAAGGCUUUCCGCCCUGUGCAGGGUCACGUGCUGAAAGGCCUGCAGAUGAUCGAGGAGGGCAAAGUGGCCUCUCCUAAGUCUCCGUCCUCUUCGCCACCGUCGUCUCCCAAGGAGUGUGAAGCUGUGGCGAAGAAGUCCAGUGACGCUAUGGGAAAGAAGGGGAGUGGGUCCGAGAACAGGAAGUCCAUCACAUCAGUGACCGGACCGGAAAACGGAGACAGGAGGUCCCGGCGAAACAGCGGCCGAAACGCCGCGGGCCGACUCUUCAGUACCUUCUCACACUAUGAUCUGGCCUUGCAAGACGUGGCCGAGCGUGUGGAAGGAGUUCGCAACCGGCUUACCUUCGGCGAAUCCAGCGGCUUCAGCCUUACCUCGCAGAAGGUGCCGCUCGCGCAAAAGAUCGUGCACACCCACGCCUUUGACCUCUUUUGUGCGCUGGUCGUGAUGAGCAAUUCGGUCUUCCUCGGGAUUGAAGUGCAGUUGAGCAUUCAGAACCCUGGCGAGCUUCCGCAAUACAUGCAGAUUGUAACAUUCUCCUACGCCGGGUUCUUCCUCCUUGAGCUCCUCCUGCGAGUUAUGGCCGACGGGCUGCAGAUUUUCUGCAACGACGACUGGAUGUGGGGUUGGCUGGACUUCUUCGUCGUGACCAUUUCCAUUUGGGAGGUCGUAGCAGAUGUGAUGGUUGUCCUGGAAGGCAACGCCAGCGGCCAAAACACAAGUGUCGAGGGCGUGAGCUCCCUCCGUGCACUCCGCAUCGUCCGCAUCACGCGCAUCAUCCGAGUUGCCCGCUUGAUGCGGGUUUUCCGCUUCGUGAUGGCGUUCCGCACGCUCAUCACGUCGAUUGCAUUCACGCUCAAAUCGCUGUUCUGGGCAUUGAUGCUGCUCUUCGUCAUAGUCUAUGUUUUUGCUGUACUUUUUGCUCAAGUGGUCAACGACUACGUCGCUGACCCGGCCAACCCGGAGUUGCCUCCGGAUGAGUUCGCGAAAAGCCAGCAGUACUUUUCAUCUCUUGUGGACACCAUGAUCAGCUUGUUCAUGUGCAUUGCAAACGGGGUGAACUGGGAGAAUGUCGUGGCGCCCCUUAAGGUCAUCUCACCGGCAUGGACACUUCUGUUUAUCUUCUACAUAAGUUUUACCCAGUUCGCGGUGUUGAACGUGGUGACAGGCGUUUUCUGCCAGUCUGCCAUCGAAAGCGCCCAGAACGACCAUGCGACAAUGGUCCAGUCGAUCUUGAAGAACAAAGAGAUGCACAUCGCGAAAAUCCAGGCCUUGUUUAAUCAGCUGGGCACUGAGAACACUGGGGUCAUCACAUUCAACAACUUCACUGAGCGCCCUGGC